AUGAACUUCUGGAGAACGGCAGCAUCGACAGCAGCGGUCGAAAAAAAAAGCAAAACUGGCGUUUUUUCAUUGAUGAAAAAUUUGAAACCGGAUACCAUCUGCGACUACAUCAAGAAUUCCAUUAACGAGACCGGUCCCUUGUUGGUGGAAGGCUUUCGGCCAUUCGACGAUUACUUGAACACGAGUACAUUGUUCUUUGACGGAGAUUAUCACAAGAAGAAGGUGAGCGCCAACCUCCUCGACGCUCGACACGCCUUUUUAAUUGUCGGUGUUACCCAGAGCAAAGAUGACGAAUUCGGAGGAGUCGCAUUCAUGGUGCAAGAUUCGCUGGAGGGACGCCCAUUUGUUACAAUCGGCUGGGACUUGCUCUCCAGCAUGGAUGGUACUAAGUUUCGGCACAUUGAAUUAGGGGUGGUGUUCGCGCGCACAACAUUUGAACAGCAACUUGACGAUGCCAACUCCGAGACAACUACGAAGAGCGGCGGCAGCGCAGCAGGCACAAUGGACGGCACCCCGGAGGCGACGGAUGCAAGUGAUCAGGGAGAAGGGAAGCCCUACACAAAGCCUGACUGGUUGGGAAAUUUUAAUUUCGAAAUUCCAAAGGGGGCAGAUCUCUCGAAAUUCUUUGUUUACACCUAA